AUGUCCAGUAAACGUAUCUCCAAAGAACUUCGUGAUAUAGAAAGAGACCCACCAACUUCAUGUUCAGCAGGUCCAGUUGGUGAUGAUUUAUACCACUGGCAAGCAUCCAUUAUGGGUCCUCCAGAUUCUCCAUAUGCUGGUGGUGUUUUCUUCUUAUCUAUUCAUUUCCCAACUGAUUAUCCAUUCAAACCACCAAAGAUUGCAUUUACUACAAAGAUUUAUCAUCCAAAUAUCAAUGCUAAUGGUAACAUUUGUCUAGAUAUAUUGAAGGAUCAAUGGUCUCCAGCUUUAACUUUAUCUAAAGUAUUAUUAUCCAUUUGUUCUUUAUUGACAGAUGCUAACCCUGAUGAUCCUUUAGUUCCAGAAAUUGCUCACAUUUAUAAGACCGAUAGACCAAAAUAUGAAGCUACCGCAAGAGAAUGGACAAAGAAAUAUGCUGUAUAA